AUAGGUUCGCUACUCAGUUUAGAGUUAAAUUUGACGAGCGUGAUGAAUCCUGAAUUCCUCCUAUCUCUACUUCAUUUUUGAUUUGUUUUGAAUUUUUGCCGGAAUUUAUUUCGUAGUUUGUUCACAAUGUUAAACUUAUUAAAAAUAGCAAACAGAACGUGCGGUUUAAGAUUUUCUUAUAGUAUAGUUGAGUUGAAAUGUCAUUAUGUGACGGAACCAAUCAGCAACACACCACCCACUGCAAGAAAAGAUAAAGUCAGCAAAGCCAUGAAAGCUUACCUGGAACGUGCUAAAUCACAUAAUGAAUUUAUGAAAAUACAAGAUCAUGAAUUCAAGUUAGGCAAGCGACACCUUGCCAACAUGAUGGGGGAGGAUCCUGAAACAUUUACUCAGGCUAAUAUUGAUGAAGCAAUACAGUAUCUCUUUCCUUCGGGGUUGUACGACAAAACAGCUCGACCAAUCAUGAAGCCACCGGAAGAAGUUAUUCCUCAACGAAAGGCAGCAGAAUUUGAUGAGACGGGUAGGCCGUUUCAUAGUCUGUUUUACACUGCACGGCCGCAUUACAAUAAAUUAUUAUUUGACAUUGUCGAAAAUAUAAACAGUUUGAAUGCAUUUGAGGACCGUAUGAUACAGAAACAACUCGAUGCUGAUGUUACUCUAAAAUUAGAAACCUCUGGAUUUGAGUGGAUAUCAAAGGCUGCUUUGGAGAAACAUUUGCUUGAAAUUCUCUCCGACGCUGAAUAUGACAAUUUUGUUCGUGCAAUGACGCGUCUAUGUCAGCUUCCAUAUUCAUACAGAGAAAAAUGUUUUAUAAAUCAAUUUCGUAAACCUAUGUUGAUGAAAACGGAUUCGGAUAAAAUUCCAAAGCCUCAGUUUGAUGAAAAUGGAAAAGCCUAUAUUACGAUUUAUGAGUGCAUGCGAAAAUCUGCGCGAGCGGAUGUAACAGUAACAAUGCCUGGAUCAGGCAAUAUCACUAUUAAUGGGCAGGAUAUUACAUAUUUCGAAGUGACACAAGCGAGGGAGCAGGUUCUCUUUCCUCUCGUUUUCACAGAAAUGAUAGGCAAAGUUGACAUUGUGGCCAAUGUUGAACAUGGUGGUUUCUCUGGACAGGCCGGUGCCAUUCGUUGGGGUAUUGCAAUGGCCUUACGAAGCUUCGUUGAUUCCGAAAUGAUUGAUCGAAUGAGAAUUGCUGGUCUGCUACAGCGAGAUUUUCGACGACGUGAGCGUAAAAAACCUGGACAAGCCGGCGCCCGAGCUAAGUACACAUGGAAAAAACGGUAGCUUUUUUUAAAUAGAAUGGUAGAAAUAAACUAUGAUUGAAAAAUGUA